GGUAUCCUAGUAUCUAUCCCUAAUUUCAAAACGUCAUAGGCCUAUGUCAUAAAAUAAUAACUGCGUCAAGCGAGUUGUAAUGACUGUGCUUGCGCUUGUUUAUUUAAUAUAUUUCCUAACUUAAUAAACAAAUUUAAUUUUAAAAAUAUGGUGUGAUAUCAUAUAAGAUAGACGGUUAUUUAAAUAUAAGUGUUUGGGAUUUAUUAACAUAGAAAAUGUUCAACUAUAAAUACCUGAGCCGAGAGCAUCUCGAAGGUUUCGAUAAUUAUAAGUAUAUGGCAAUAGACACGAGUCCUCUUAGUGUCUAUGUGAUGCAUCCGUUUUGGAACAAAGUUGUAGAGCUAGUACCAAAAUGGGUGGCGCCUAAUGUGCUCACAUUUGCUGGCUUUCUCCUCACUGUACUCGAUUUCCUACUUCUCUCGUAUUAUGAUUACGAUUACUACGCGGCGAGCACACCUCUGAGGAACGCCACUACUACAGAACAACCAAUCAAUGGUUACACGGAAAUUAUACCACGCCAUCUGUGGUACAUACUUGCGGUGUUUCUGUUCUUAGCGUAUACGCUUGAUGGCAUCGACGGGAAACAAGCUCGACGUACUCAAACUUCAGGCCCCCUAGGAGAACUAUUUGACCAUGGUCUUGACUCCUACUCAGUCUUCUUCAUCCCUGCGUGCCUGUAUUCUAUAUUCGGGAGAGGAGACUUCUCUAUUCCGCCUAUAAGAAUGUAUUAUGUUAUGUGGAAUCUUCUACUCAACUUUUACAUCAGCCACUGGGAAAAAUACAACACUGGUAUUCUGUUUCUACCAUGGGGUUAUGAUUUCAGUAUGUGGGCUUCCACAUUCUGCUUUCUAUGGACGGGAAUGAAAGGGACAGCAUUCUAUAAGCAAUAUUUGUUUGGUGGAUACACAUUGGCAAAUGUAUUCGAGUUUCUAAUAUAUGGCACUGGUGUGUUUACAAACCUGCCUGUAGCUAUUUACAACAUUUAUAGAUCAUACAAAUUACGAACGGGCAAGAUGCGUUCCCCGUUAGAGGCAUUAAGGCCGCUGUGGUCGUUUCUAACGGUAUUCGCGAUAUGUUCCGUGUGGGUGCAUAAAUCUACGCGGCUGCCGGACUAUGACUUACGGGUUCUAUUCCUUCUAAUCGGCACCGUGUUCAGUAACGUGGCUGUGAGUAUUUUUUUUUUUUUUCAUUAAAUUUGAAAAUAAACUUUCACUGUCGUUUCUUUUUUUUAAUUAAUAUUUGUUUAAUGUUGGAAUAUUUUAAUGCCGAUUAGGGAUUUUCAUUGCUUCAAAAAUUUAAAUAUUUUCUGCCAGUAAUAAUAUGGCGCUAUGAUUUUUUUUUAUUGUAAUUUCACCGUAAUCAGUAAUUUUAUAAGAUGACAUACAGUGGGAGAAAGAAAAGGUUAGUCACCGUAAAGUAGAAUUUUGCUUACAGAAACUCAAUAAUCAGUACCCAUUUAACCAAAGAGUAUGUAAUGAUUAAGCCUGUAUUGCCAAUGUCAAUUUUAUUUUAUAUCAUUGUUAUCCCAAUAGUAAACAGAUGGCCACUUUUAAACUAUCUCGCGAGACACUGUCAUUACUACAAAGAGUAAAGAUACUAAUGUUUUAAAUUAUCUUUCAAUCUUUUCAUUUUACAUGUAGGAAUUAAUUUAUUCACUUGACAUUGGCAAAAUUGUGUGAAAUACGCAGAUAAUUAAUAAAAGAAGAAGAAACUAUCGCGCUGCAUUAUCAAAGUAUAGGUAAUUUUAAAGUUUGUUUAGAAUAAGCUAGUUUAUAAAAUUUUGUGUAAGGUUUUAUUGUUUUUGUACAUGUAAAUAAAUUAAUUGAUUUUGAAUAAAUAAAUGUAUAGAAAUAUAUAAUAUGAGAUGAGACAAGGGUUCGCAGGUUUCGCAGUGUGUUAAAGAAAUGCUUAAUAUAUGCCAGGCUCUCGCAUUCCAGAAUAGCAUAAUCGAUGGUUUUGUCAUAAGUAAAGAUUUUUUUACUCCCACACCCUACUUAGUGGGGUAGACCUUUAUAACUCUACAUAAAUAAGAAUUAAUUUACUAUGAUUUUUUUGUCUCCAGUGUCGACUGAUAGUCAGCCAGAUGAGCAACCAGCGAUGUGAAGCAGUCACUUGGCUGCUGUGGCCGUUGACUUUGGCCGCUACACUGUCACUACUGUAUCCGCAGUAUGAAGUGACUGCGUUCUACUCGGUCACUGCUCUCAUAGUACUCUCGCAUUUACACUACGGUACAUGUGUGGUACGACAGAUGUGUGACCACUUCAGAAUACGUUGUUUCCGCAUAAAGCAACGUUCAGAUUGACUCCUAGACGACAGUGCGUGCUAGACGUAACAUGAGGUAGGGCAACAUUGUGUACGCCAAACAUAUCCAAACGGCCAUUAUCGGGGCUUAUUUACGCCUUAUUUUUUUUUAUUUAUUUAUUGUCCUUGUACCUGAAUACUUACUAUGUUUUCUACAUAUUUCUUUGUAUUUAAAUUCAAUGAUUUCAUAAUCGAUAAAGACCAAAUCUUGCCCGUAGAAUGUUCAAUAUUUUCGCAUGAUUGAUUAAAAAUAAGAAUCACAAAGUAUCAAAUUGAGAUUUUAUUUCGUGUCUUGUAACUCAUAGUUCUUUUCUUAAUUAUUUAAUAACUAAAUCCGUUUACAUUAAUAUUGUUGUGAAUAAGCCCUAAAGUUCACUCUUAUUAUACGAAAUAAAUAUAUAAAUUAUACCACACAUUGAUCUAGGAUCUUGUAAUAUCGUGAGAAAAAGUGUUAGUUCAUUUUGAUAAUUUCAUUAGAAUUCAUAUGACACGAAUGACACUAUCGUUACUUGUUUCCCAAUUAUAUCUAUAACAUUUUUAUAAUGUACAAAUAUUGUUUGAUUCCAUAAUGACAAAGACAGAUUUUAAGAUGGUAUAUUAUCUAGUUACACUUUUUUUCACGGUAGUACUCAAAAUAUAUUCUAAAGUAUCAUGGCCUUUGAAGUACAUAAUUAUGUUGUUAUUAGAAUGUUAUGUUUGAAAUAAAGAUUGUGCGUUAAAUUUGCAAAUGUAACAUAGUCAUUAAAUAAACAAAUAUCAUAGUUGAAAUAUUUACUUAUAUACGCUAAAUGUCAUAAAUAGUACAUAGUCAAAUAUCAGCCUUAUUUCAAUAAUCCGUAGGUUUAUAAUACCAGAACAAUUUACAUCUAUACCUUCUGUUUGCCAGAGCAACGAUACGAUUGCCAAAAAGUGAAGAAAAAAUGCUACCUUUAUGUCAUUUUAAACCUUAAUACAUUGGAUUUCUAAACCACACAUCUGCAAAUUUAUUCAAAUAAAUUUUCUACAUAACUGUUCAUUCAUUUUGGUCCAAUUUUUCAUUUCCUUAGGAGGGGAAGGCAUGGGCAUACAGCCUUUUCAUUUGUAAUUAUUUCCUUAAUUAAUUAUUCCACAGACUAUGGUUACUUUCAUUUUUUAGUGCAACUCUUUUGUUUUAAAGAAAUUAUAGUACGCAUUGUCAAAAAAUUUUAAAUGUAAGAUGAUAAUUUAGUAAUGCAUGCUGUAUAUUUAGUUAUAUAAUUUCCAUAACUUUUAAGUUUUAAUUUUAUUAUUUAACCUUUUGUUGUAAUAUAUAUUUUUAUUUAUUUAAGUGUUUACCAUUUUUCGUUAUUAUGUAAAUAUAAAAUGUAGAUUUAUUAUGAAACGAAUAUUACGACGAUGUAUUAGUGUCACAUUGAGAAUGAACCAUAAAUCACUACGCUACUCUGUCCGGAUUAGUAACUGUUAUAUAAAAGCAAAAGGCGAACGUCCAACGUCUGAGCGUGAUUUA